CUAAGGGGGGUCAGAGAGUGGAACAGAGACGUGCAGUUGCCCCGUGGGAAUGGUGUAUACUGGGGUGGCUGGUCUCAGCAGUAGUGCUGGCUUGUGCCGUGUUAGAGCGCUUGGCUCACUCACGGGUUGAUGAAAAUACUGUGUAAUGAGAGACCGAGGAGUUAGGCAUGUUCAGGACUAAUACAGCAGUUAAUGAAGAACAUGUGUGUCAAAUCUAAACGUAGCUUGGCUUUUCGUGCCUCUGUGUUAAACCUGCGUAUUGUGUGGGAAACUCUGUGCUUUCUGCAUACGCUAGUUGGUCUAAUAGAUUGUUUUCCUCUGCAACCCAGAUUUGCCAUAGUUGAAAUACAAGACUAGGUAAUUGUAUAUACUAAUAAGUUUAAGGAGAGACUGUGGUUCAAAACUUAAUACUGAGGAAAGGUCGGACCUGGAUCUGGAAGAUAGACCUGGAAAUACUCCCUGUUUUGAGAACACAGCUAUUUGAAGAAGGAACGGAUUAAGUGAAUCCUUUAUUUAAUAGUAUCUGGGACCGGAUUUUUCAUAAAUAAUUUAUGGAGAACAUGCUUUAAUCUCAAUGUAAGGAUAACUGAGUAAACUAUUUAGCUAUAUAAAGAUUUCCAUUUCCCUUUUCUGGUCUUAAGUUUCCAAUCUGUCUGUCAUUGUACUGUCUACUGUACAUAAUGCUUGGCUGUGAGUAUCAGGUUCUGAACUUCAAACUUCAAAACAGCCAGAUAAAAGGCAGUGGAGUAAGUAUGUGCAGAUUUUUCAUUUUUCUUGUUAUGUUUUUAUAUUUUGUCCCUAAUAUAAUGAGUUUUUUAUAUUUUUGUCUAUAUUUUAUAAGGCAUCAUGUUUUUAACAACAGUAUUACUCCGAAAGAGAAUUCCUGGAAAACAAUGGAUUGGAAAAUACAGGCGACCAAGAGUGGUUACCCUUUCAAUGAAGCAAGCGAUGAUCCGAAGGUUGGAAAUUGAAGCAGAGAAUGAAUAUUGGCUGAGUCGACCUUACCUGACACGGGAACAGGAGUACAAGCAUAACACAGAAGAGAGACGUGCAAAAUGGGAAGCUUUCAAAAGCCAGAUGAAAGCCAAGUUUCCUGAGCAUAGAUAUAUGGCCGAUCAUUUAAACCACUUAAAUGUGUCAAAAAAGUGGACAUCUUGAAUAAGAACGGCGUAUUUAUAUUUGGCAUGUAUUACGCUCUACCGCGGGAUCUGCUGUUGUACCUAUUAUGGGAGUUUUGUAAUUCACUAUAAUAAGGGUAGAUGACAAGUGAGACUUUGCUACAGUGUAUACAAUCUUACAUUAAAAGUACUUGUC